GGUUUUUAAGUGUAAUCUGCGUGCUCUAUGAUUACUGAAAGUGCGUCGUUCAAACCAGCAGCAACGUCGGGCAUUGAUGGCAGUCGUACAACUAACCCAACAUCAUCGUCAGGCGCAGUGCCUUCAAGUUCCUCUAAUGCAAAUGGUACACUCCUAAGUAAUCUUUGGACUCAACUUGAUCACAUACAGCCUACGAUCCCUGACAGGUUGUCGGUUGCUAUAUUAGAGGGCGCUGGUGUACAAAUGGAAAACAGUGAUCCACGACUCGCACGUUUAGUUAGUCUCGCUGGUCAAAAGUUUUUGACUGAUAUCCUUUCUGAUGCUAUGCUCCAUUGGCGACUUGCAAAUGGACAACCUACUGGUCUACUUAAUCAUCCCGGUAGUUCAGCGUCAUCUGUAGCGGGUCAAGUGUCCACCACGACAUCAGCUGCCAGUCAGAAUCAAUCACCAUCGUCAAGUGCGAGACCUGGAGCAAAUAAGUUCCCGGCUGAUCGUCGUGCUACUCUUACACUAGAGGAUCUAAUUGCUUCAUUAAAUGACAGAGGCAUUCAUGUCGCCCGGCCACCUUAUUACCGAUAGAUCGAGUCUUAUGAAGGAUAUCCUUUGAGUUUAUUUUUUUACUAACUUAACAGUUAAGCAUUGAUGUAAAUUUUCAUUUUCGUUGCUACUUUUUGUGCUCACCAAGUAUUAUGAGUAGUGUUGUCAAGUGUAUUAACACUUUCAUGACAUCUAUGCACUCAUCGUCAGCAAUAAAUUUUCGGGUAUUAAAUAUUUAUUUUGUGAAACUAUUUGUGUAUGAUGUUUAAAAUAAAGUCGAAAAAUUUGUUAUUUUCCUUUUCUGUAUUAUUCGCG